AUGGGAUCUCUUCGCACUAUUGCGCUGGUUAUUUUGGCCAUUUCAACUUUUACUUUCAUCGCCCUCUUUGGCCGAUUACCUGCAUUUAGGAAAACACCCAUUGCGUUUUUGUAUCGGGUAGUUUGGGUAUAUUUCCCCAACAGUGUUGCCUAUGUCGACUCGCGCUUGCUUGGCGGCCGUCUAACUAGGAUUUGGAACCAAUCUGGCAAGUAUAUCUUGUAUGAAAACCAUCCACUGGUCUUGCUCUUCUUCAUUGGCCUCCUUGCCGGAGGAGAGGUUGUCUUUUUGCCAGCUGCUUGGCCUCGGAUUGGCAGUGUCCACUACCCAUGGGUUUCUCUGGUGGUUUUUAUGCCAUACUUUCUGCUCUACAAGUGCGUGGUGACAAAGUCUCAGAUUACGCCAGAAAAUCACGACCUGGAGAUCAAACGUUAUCCAUAUGACCAGGUGCUAUUCCAUGCAGGCUACCGUUGCAGUACUUGUAACCUCCACAAGCCAGCACGCAGCAAGCAUUGCAAGUUCUGCAAAACUUGCAUCUCCCGCCAAGAUCAUCAUUGCGUGUGGUUGAUGAAUUGUGUUGGAGCCAACAACUACAUAUUCUUCCUGGCUUUAUUGCUUUCCUUAUCAGUGCUGCUCAUCUAUGGCACUUGUCUUGGGUACUCUUUGCUACGCCAAACCCUGCAAAAAAUGAUACCAGCACACAUCCAAGUAGAAAUGCAGGGUUGGGUCAUGUAUUUCAACAUUUGGGCGAUUGUGAUCCAGUUGGAUCCCAAGGUUGGAACUGUGACCCUCUUAAUGCUCAUGACCGCUCCAUUGGCUAUGGCCUUCUUGGUAUACCAUACCUAUCUUGUCUGGGCGGGUAUGACGACCAACGAGAGUGCGAAAUGGUCGGAUUGGAAGGAAGAUGUCGAGGAUGGGUUUGCAUUCAAAUCUCACCGUGGCCAGAUCCCGGAUGCACAGCCGUUCAUAGACUUCAACGAUUGUUCUUGGCCAGUUAAGAGUGAUCAGUUGCUAGUCAGUGACGAUGAGCCUCCUUUGGAAGGAUACAUUUUGGUGCCCGGGACCAACCGGAUCGAAUAUCGCAGUGACACGGAUAUGCCGAUAGAUCCACGAUGGCAUCCGGUCCAAAGUAUGAAGGAAAUCGACAAUAUCUACGAUUUGGGAUUUUGGAACAAUCUGAAGGACGCGGCAGGGAUCUCGAUCAUUACCCGCGGCAGCGGUGCCUCGCCUGCCUCAGGCGAUAAGGUCUCGAUUCACUACACUGGUUGGAUCUACGAUCCUAAGAAGGCCAACAAGGGCUUCCAGGGCAAGCAAUUUGAUAGCUCCCGAUCGCCCGGUCGCGGCCCGCUCAAUGUGCAGAUUGGUGUUGGUCAGGUUAUCAAGGGCUGGGACGAGGGUGUGCUGCAGAUGAGCGUUGGCGAGAAGUCCAACCUGACCAUCACCCCGGACUAUGCCUAUGGUGACAAGUAUUCGAUGUUUAUGACUAUCUUGGAAGGACUUUAUGCUAAUCAUUCCCUCCACACAGAGCGGCUGGCAAGAUCCCCGCAGGCUCAACUCUCAUCUUCCGCUAUGCACUCCACCGGAGCUCAUGCUGAAGGUGAUUUUGGCUGGAACCUUGUCUCACUAUGA